UUCCUUUUCUCCUCAAGCCUCAAACCUGUUCGACCAAAUUCCUUAGAGAUAGUGCGCCUGAAAACUAACAAAAACAAAUCUACCUCAAUAAAUAUGUAUGUGAUUAAGAGAGAUGGGAGGCAAGAGGCAGUUCAUUUUGAUAAGAUCACCGCCAGGUUGAAGAAGCUGAGCUACGGGCUUAGCAUUGACCACUGCGAUCCUGUGCUCGUCUCUCAGAAGGUUUGUGCUGGUGUUUACAAAGGGGUUACUACUAGCCAGCUUGAUGAAUUGGCUGCUGAAACUGCCGCUGCCAUGACCGCUAACCACCCCGAUUAUGCAUCCUUGGCGGCUAGGAUUGUUGUUUCGAAUUUGCAUAAAAAUACCAAGAAAUCGUUCUCUGAGACGAUUAAAAUCAUGUACAACCAUUUCAAUGAGAGAUCUGGACUGAAGGCUCCUUUGAUUGCUGAUGAUGUUUACGAGAUCAUCAUGAAGAAUGCUGCUCGGUUGGAUAGUGAGAUCAUAUAUGAUCGGGACUUUGAUUAUGAUUACUUUGGCUUCAAAACUCUUGAGAGGUCCUAUCUUCUGAAAGUUCAGGGGAAGGUUAUAGAAAGGCCUCAGCACAUGUUGAUGAGAGUUGCUGUUGGAAUUCAUAAGGAUGACAUUGGUUCUGCUAUGAAAACUUAUCACAUGAUGUCUCAAAGAUGGUUUACUCAUGCGUCUCCCACACUUUUCAAUGCUGGAACUCCAAGGCCUCAAUUGAGUAGCUGCUUCCUCUUGUGCAUGAAGGAUGAUAGUAUUGAAGGAAUAUAUGAAACUUUGAAGGAGUGUGCUGUUAUCAGCAAAUCAGCUGGAGGUAUUGGUGUUUCAGUUCACAACAUUCGGGCCAUGGGCAGUUAUAUUCGUGGAACAAAUGGAACCUCUAAUGGAAUUGUCCCAAUGCUGCGGGUGUUCAAUGAUACUGCUCGUUAUGUUGAUCAAGGAGGGGGGAAAAGAAAGGGUGCUUUUGCUGUAUACUUGGAGCCAUGGCAUGCUGACAUUUUUGAGUUUCUGGAUCUUAGGAAGAACCAUGGAAAGGAAGAGCACCGUGCCCGUGAUCUUUUCUAUGCCCUUUGGGUGCCUGAUCUUUUCAUGCAAAGGGUCCAGAGCAAUGGGCAAUGGUCAUUAUUCUGCCCUAAUGAGGCUCCAGGUCUGGCAGAUUGUUGGGGUGAAGAAUUUGAAAAGCUUUACAUUCAUUAUGAAAGAGAGGGCAAGGCAAAGAAGGUUGUCCAAGCACAGAGCCUGUGGUUUGAGAUCCUGAAAUCACAGAUAGAAACUGGGACCCCUUACAUGCUAUUUAAGGACACUUGCAAUAGAAAAAGCAACCAGCAAAAUCUUGGCACCAUUAAAUCUUCAAAUUUGUGUACUGAGAUAAUAGAAUACACAAGUCCAACUGAAACAGCUGUUUGCAAUCUGGCAUCUAUUGCACUGCCUAGAUAUGUGAGAGAAAAGGGCGUUCCACUGGAGUCCCAUCCAUCUAAGCUUGUUGGGAGUAGAGGUUCUCAGAAUAGGUUUUUUGACUUUGACAAAUUGGCAGAGGUUACUGAAAUUGUAACCAGAAAUCUUAACAAAAUCAUUGAUGUUAAUUACUACCCUGUUGAAACUGCCAAAAGAUCAAAUUUGCGUCAUAGACCCAUUGGUAUUGGAGUUCAGGGGCUUGCAGACACAUUUAUCUUACUUGGGAUGGCAUUUGAUUCACCUGAGGCUCAGCAGCUGAACAAGGAGAUAUUUGAGACCAUAUACUACCAUGCUCUGAAAGCUUCUUCUAGUAUAGCAGAGAAAGAAGGGCCAUAUGAGACAUAUAAUGGGAGUCCUGUCAGUAAGGGCAUUCUUCAACCAGACAUGUGGGGUGUUAAUCCUUCAGAUCGGUGGGAUUGGGCUGCUCUUAGGGACAUGAUAGCUAAGAAUGGAGUGAGAAAUUCACUUUUGUUAGCACCUAUGCCGACUGCUUCCACUAGCCAGAUUCUUGGAAACAAUGAAUGCUUUGAGCCAUAUACUUCCAACAUAUAUAGUCGUAGAGUUUUGAGCGGGGAGUUUGUUGUAGUAAACAAACAUCUUCUUCAUGAUUUAACUGAGAUGGGUCUUUGGUCUCCUGUUAUUAAAAACAAAAUAAUACAUGUGGACGGUUCGGUUCAGAAUAUUCCAGAUAUACCUCAUGAACUGAAAGCAAUAUACAGGACUGUUUGGGAAAUCAAGCAAAAAACACUUGUUGACAUGGCUGUUGAUCGUGGAUGCUUCAUAGACCAGAGUCAAAGCUUAAACAUACAUAUGGACCAACCAAAUUUUGGAAAGCUAACUUCCUUGCACUUCUAUGCCUGGUCUAAGGGUCUGAAGACAGGAAUGUAUUAUCUAAGAUCUCGUGCUGCAGCCGAUGCAAUCAAAUUCACCGUUGAUACAUCCAUGCUUGAGGAAAAGCCCAAGGUAGACGAUGAAACAAAAAUGGCACAAAUGGUGUGUUCCCUAACGAACCGUGAGGAGUGCAUGGCUUGUGGGAGCUAAGCAACUUUCAAAGAAGCAAUUUGGAUGUGAAUUUCAUAAAUCUGAACAAAGGGCUUUAAGUUGAUGUAUAGUAUAGAUUUGCAAUGAUUUGGAUCUUGAAUGCCAAUUAUAUGGGAAAACUUGCUUAAUCUAUAAGCUAGUAGGAAUAUGAAUUUCAACAAAUUCCCUCGUUUCAAAUGGAUGAUAAUCUUAAUUUGUACCCUUUUAAUUUCACUUGUAUUGUUUAGAGUGCUUUUUUUGCCAAAUAAAAUAUUGGGUUAGUAUUA